AUGAUGGCAUCAUCAGCACCCGACAGAGUUCGAUCUCGCACACUUCCAGGCCAUCGGUCUGCUAUGCGUCGUGCUCAACAUCGUCCAUCACCUCGCUCGAUGUCGUAUGAUCACUCACAACCACAGCCACCAACUGAAGCAGCCAAUAACAACAAUACCUUGAAUUACGAUGAUGGCAAUACCUCUUCAGACGACGACGAUAAUACCAAUAGCUUAGCCUUUGCGAGCAAAAAGCGAUUAACGUUGAGAGUUGUUAAUGCCGACAUUGACGUGUCACCAUCAUCAAGCGAUGAUGAAGCCAAAAUCACAGAGAAUCUUGAUUCACCUUUAAUGAACUCGAAAAUGAAACGAUCAUCACCAGCAGCGCCACCAUCUUCUGAUUCUUCCAUCUACAGCAAUAAUGAAAAUCACCCCGACAAUCAUGCUUCAGAGACAUCUCCUCCUCCCCCAACACCGUUGCACAACGACAACCACCUUUCCGACAUUCAACAACCGAUCCAUCUUGCUGCCAAGAGUGCUCAUUCCUCUGGUAGAAACAGCGUUAAUGUUGAUCAUCACUCACAACAACAGCCACAAACAUCGGAUACAUCUGAAAUGGGAUCAUUAAAGUAUCAAGUGGAGGCUGAAGAUGAAGGAUUGGGUCCUUGUACACCACCACCUGCACCUCCAUCCAUGACAACAGACGCGCGAUCCAUGAUAUCCACCACGAAUGAAAGUGUUCUCUCAGCCACCAUGGCCCAUGCCUCGCAAUCCAAGUAUAGCAAAGCAUCGUUCACUUUGACCAACCAACGCGAUUCACUUCGCAUGUACCGGGACAUGGCAGAAAAAGUGAACGAUCCACUUGUCCAAUUGAGCUAUGCAAAGUAUCUUUUGGAUGUGGCCGAGUUAUAUAACACCAACAAAGAUGAUGUGAAACGACAAUCCACAGCAGCUGACGAGGAAGCUAUAAGCAAUUUAUGGGUGGAUAUGGUGAAGCGUGCCUCUGGACGUGCUAAUUUAGCGCGUGGAAUAGCACCAUUCAUCAAACCGGAGAUGGAUGCAAAAGCAAAAAGAGAAGCAUUGGAGAUGGAAGCUAUCACGUGGAUCAAGCGUCUUGCAAAGGAACAAGUAGGAGAAGCAGCACACAUGCAAGCCACGUGGAUCGACAAUCAAAAGUAUGGAUUUGCUCCAAAUCCGGAGAAGGCCUAUCGACUCCAUGUCAUUGCAGCUCGAUCGGGGAAUCCAUAUUCCAUGUACGCUGUAGCUAAAUACUUGGAGCAUCAAAUACCAUCAUCAUCGUCAGGUGAAGAUGUAUUUGAGUAUUAUCAAUCGGCAGCAAACAAAGGGUAUCUUCCAGCUUUAUUGAGGGUGGCCAAGAUAUACAUCCAUGGCCAAUUUGGGCAGCGGCAAAAUAUCAGCAAAGGUCUUACCUUACUAUCCCAAGCAGCUGAAAAUGCUACAGAAGAAUACCCAGAGCCCAUCUUUGUGUUUGGACAAAUGCUUGCCAACAUUUAUCCAGAAGCCGACAUCCCAGCUGAGCUGCUCCAACACUAUGGUGGUUCGAAUGCUAUACUGCGAACGUUUGAACGAGCUGCUGAGCUUGGUCAUACAGGAGCACAAACACAAUUGGGGUCGAUGUAUGAACAUGGUAGCUAUGGUGUUGCCAUGGAUAUGGAAAAAGCCCAUCAUUACUAUAGCAGGGCCGCUUCAACAACGGGUGAUCAUCAUGGUGGUGAUCCUGUGGCAAUGCUUGGACUUUGUCGUCUUUACAAUUGUGGUAUCCAUGGGCCAGAGGAUAAUGAGGAGCCCCAACGAUUGGUACAAGACGUCUCGGGAUGGCUGGCUCGUACAGGUCGGGAUGAAGAUGAAUCAUUUCGAUGGUGUGAGAAAGCUGCUAACCAAGGACAUGCCGAUGCCAUGUUUAUGCUUGCGUGGUACCUUGAGACUGGAUUUGGAACGCCCAAAGACAUUACGCGAGCCAAUUUGUUUUAUCGACGAGCAGCAAGCAAAGGUAACCAAGCAGCAAAACAAAAGGUUAACAACAACCAGCAUACAACUUCUUCCAUGCCACGAUCUACCGGUGUAACAACAUCAUCACCUGUUACUUCAAGGACAAUGAACGGUCGUCCAAAGAAGACAAAGAAGCGCAAAAACCUUUGUAUCAUUACUUAG